AGUAUUCGUCAGUAACCCAAUCAUUUCAGUUUCGAAAUGCGUUCAAAUACAACUAAAUGCAAUCGAACAACAGUUAAAGAAUACAGUUAUAUACUUUUAAAUCGAGUAUUUAAAAUUCACAAUCUUUUUAGUUCCUCAUUUGAGCUUGAACAACGUUUCUUCAACGGUAUACAUCAGCGUUGCUCAUUUCGUUGUUUGUUUACCAUUCGAAAGUGACGUCACGAAAUCACGACUCGGCUCUUUACUUUCACUCUAUAAGGUUAUAAGCUGGCUAGCGAUUAAAUAGUGUUUGUAGAAAUACGACAUGUGAGUCGCAGCGUGGUUUAAUAAAGCUGGUUUAGGUAAAUAUUAUACACUGUGUUACACCAGACCGAAGGUAAAGCCUGCCUACACAAUACGAACCUUACAUUAUUAUUAUACGUGCGUGACUACGGACCGCUUGCUUUCCUGCUUAGACGGAAAUUGACGAAAGACGAAUCUUAUGCUCGGCGUUUCAAUGGAUAAUGGAGCUCUUUAUUGUCAUUGCUGUUGUGUCGGGGAUCUGCAUCCUUAAUUGGUUCAGAAAAGUCUUCACUGGAGUGGAGGAGAAGGCUGAAGGAGACCUUUUUAAAUACAUCCGAGGAAAUUAUUUGGAUUUAACAAAAUGUGUUGUCCACUGGGGCUGGAUGGAACCAACAGAUGUGGGUGAAGCUUUAUCGUUCAAUGUGGAGUUUUUCUACGGCAAUGGAAGUCCCUACCCAGUUUGCGAAGCUGAUAGACUAAAGGUUAAAAUUUCAACUCGCCAUUUCAGUGAUAUCCCUCAUGUAGUAGAAUUUGGGGAAACGAAAGAAAAUGUUGUGUCUGUCUCAUUCACCGUAAGAAGAAGUGGUGCACAUGAAAUAUCAAUCACUCUUGCCAACAAACAUGUUUGUGAAAGCCCAUUUAAAAAGGUUUUUAUACCAGGGCCAAUGAAUGCAGAGCAUAGUUGUUUGGUUCGUACAGCUCACACCUCGUUAUCUGUAAUUACGAUGACGCAAGCCACUACCCACAAGAUGGCGAUAGAGGCUUGUGACGAGUUUGGAAAUUCAUGCUCAUCUCGCUUGAAUAAACAUGACUUUGAAAACGCGUUCAAUCUUUCAAUAAUGAAGUGUUGCGAUUCGGUGCAAUAUCCUGCCUUCACAUGGGAGAUCACAUGUAAUAAGAUCUUGGAUCAAUUAACAUUGUGCAUUACUGUAUUUGAAGAAGGAAGUUUUCAAGCAGAACUAAGUUAUCAAAGUGAACCGCUCAAAAAUGGAAUAUUUGAUAUUCUGGUGCUGACUUCUUCGGAAUCACAGGAAGUGAAGACGAAUGUUUCCAAACAAAACUUGAGUGUUUGGUUUGAAUGCAGAUUGUUGGUUGACACAACUGAAGAAGUUUAUACGCCACAAACAAGUCAACGUCGUGGCCGAGCAUUGUCCAUGGGUGAUACAUUCACUUUCCCUCAACCCUCCUACUCAAGAUCAAGAAUCAAAUCUUCAGCCAUUAGUUCAAGCAAACCAAGGAAGGUUUAUUGCUAUAUUACCCCAAAGCAACUGGUCAUACGAGAAUAUUUCUUAAAGAUUUUUCAUAAGAGACUUUAUACAUUCCGUGUCAGUCCUGCUACAAAGGUUACAUUUGGUGGGCAUAGUUCUACAGUUGACCAACCAAUCCUUAUAAUAAGCGACGGGUUUCAGCCAAAUGUGGUGUUGGCGUGCCAAAGAAGUAACGUGCUUGCUGCCACUUUUGUUGAAAUAAUUCAUAACCAUAUGGGAAGAUCCGAAUCUUUCGAAGAGAAAAUGAAAUAUUUUCACACCCAGUUAGUUGAACAUCAUGAUAUAAAUGUAAGACAUAGGAAUCGUAUCGAUGUCAAUGUUGAUAGAGAUGAUUUGCUGAAUUCGUCUUACAAAGCCACAAAGCAUUUCUCAACCUCAGAUUGGUGUCGACAGUUUGUUGUCGCGUUUAAAGGAGAGACGGGGUUGGAUUGGGGGGGAGUUAACAGGGAGUGGAUUCAUCUUCUUUGUAAAAUCUUCUUCCAAUCCAAGGAUGCGGGAGGAUGUGGAAUCUUCAGGAGCAUGAAGGAAGAUGCUCAAGCUCUGGUUUUGCCAGCAUCAGAUUCCGAGGUGAAAAUCAAACAUUUUGAAUUUGCUGGAAAGCUGGUCGGUAAGUGCUUGCUCGAGAGCGCUGUUGGUGGUGAAUAUGCGAGACAAGUAACCGCACGCUUCGCACGUUCAUUCCUUGCACAAUUGAUUGGCUUGCCGGCAACUUUCGCUCAUUUUGAGAGUGACGACCCUGAUCUAUACAUGAGUAAAGUGAAAUAUAUAUUGGAACAUGAUGUCACAGAUGCUGAACUUACUUUCUCAGAAGAACAAUUUACAUCGAGUGGAAGUUUAAGCAAGGUGAUUGACUUGGUACCAAACGGCGCGAAUGUUGCCGUAACCAACGACAACAAGAUCAAAUAUUUGAACAGGAUUGCGCAAUAUAGACUCAGUGAAUCUAUCAAGAAUGAACUGGCUCUCUUUAUUAAAGGACUCACAUCUAUCGUACCUGAUCACCUGUUGUCAGUUUUUGAUGAAAACGAGUUAGAACUGGUUAUGUGUGGUUCAAGCAAGAUUUCUCCAGAUGAUUUUAAGCUACAUUGUGUCGUCAACUCUGGCAUGGACCCAACUUUUCAAAAGAUCCUAAGUUGGUUUUGGUCUUUAAUUUCCACCUUCACUCAAGAUGAGCUAGCAAGGCUGCUUCAAUUUACGACAGGUUGCUCACAACUGCCACCUGAUGGGUUUAAAGCGUUGGAACCAAAGUUUAAGAUUUCUAGCAUUGAAUACAAAACUGGUGGCUUGCCAAUGGCACAUACAUGUUUUAACGAGCUCUGCCUUCCGAAUUACGAGUCGUAUGACGACCUGCAUAAGAUGCUAAAGAUUUCCAUCACAGAAGGAAUCACUGGCUUUGGUUUGGUUUAGGUUGCAAACUGUUUUGUGAAUAAUGUUCAAUUCACUGUGAUAAGAGGAAGAUAUCAUCACGUGUCGAAAUACAAUGUAUUUGUUUUUCGUAGGUAA